GGGAGUGGGACCAGAGAUGUGAUUGCGGCGCAGGACGACAGGCAGCGGGACUGGCACAUCGGUGGAGAGAAAACUCUGGUAGAAACUAAAGAUGGCAGGAAAGAUAACUAAAGAUGAGAUGGAGGAGCUCAGAGACGCCUUCCAGAAAGUUGAUACCAACAGUAAUGGCUUUAUCUGUGACUUGGAGCUGACUGAACUGUUUAAAGAAGCUAACCUACCGUUGCCGGGAUACAAGGUCAGAGAGAUCAUUAAGAAACUGGACCGCAACAAAGACAACCAGAUCAGCUUCGACGAGUUCCUCUCGAUCGCCAAGGAGCUGAAGGGUGAUGACAUAGCCAAGAGCUUCAGGAAGGCCAUCAACAGGAAGGAGGGGAUUCUGGCUAUCGGAGGAACCAGUGAGCAGUCUAGUGAAGGAACACAACACUCCUUCUCAGAGGAGGAGCGUUAUGCGUUUGUUAACUGGAUCAAUGCAGCGCUGGAGAAGGACCCUGACUGUAAACACGUCCUCCCUAUGAACCCCAACACCCCCAACAGUUUGUUCACUGCUGUGGGAGAUGGCAUCGUACUCUGUAAAAUGAUCAACCUGUCAGUCCCAGACACCAUUGAUGAGAGAACCAUCAACAAGAAGAAGCUCACUCCCUUCACCAUACAGGAGAAUCUCAACCUGGCUCUGAACUCUGCCUCUGCUAUUGGUUGUCAUGUAGUGAACAUCGGCGCUCUGGACCUGAGAGAGGGGAAACCCCACCUGGUGCUGGGCCUGCUGUGGCAGAUCAUUAAGAUAGGGCUGUUUGCUGAUAUAGAACUCAGCAGGAACGAAGCCCUGGCUGCGUUGCUGCGUGAGGGAGAGAGUCUGGAGGAGUUGAUGAAGCUGUCUCCCGAAGAGCUGUUGCUCCGCUGGGCUAACUUUCACCUAGAGAAUGCUGGCUUUAGCAAGAUCAACAACCUCUCCUCCGACAUCAAGACAGUAUCAGACUUCUCUAACUCAGUGAAGGACUCUAGGGCCUACUAUCACCUGCUGAACAUGAUCGCUCCUGACGGCAGCAAAGAGGACAAGCAGCGCAUCGAGAUCAACAUGUCUGGAUACAACGAGAAAGAUGACCUGCGUAGGGCAGAGAGUAUGCUGGUUCAGGCUGACAGGUUGGGCUGUAGACAGUUUGUGACCCCUGCUGAUGUGGUCUGUGGGAACCCCAAACUCAACCUGGCCUUCGUAGCCAACCUGUUUAAUAAAUACCCAUCACUCACCAAGCCUGAGGGGCAGGACCUGGACUGGGCCAGACUGGAGGGUGAGACGAGAGAGGAGAGAACCUUCAGGAACUGGAUGAAUUCUCUGGGAGUCAACCCUCAUGUUAACCAUAUAUACGGUGAUCUGUUAGAUGCACUGGUCAUCCUCCAGCUCUAUGAGAGGAUUAAGGUUCGAGUGGACUGGGACCACAAAGUCAACCGCCCUCCCUACCCCAAGAUAGGGGCCAACAUGAAGAAGCUGGAGAACUGUAACUAUGCAGUGGAACUCGGGAAGGCGAAGGCAGGGUUCUCUCUGGUCGGCAUCGGAGGACAGGACCUUAAUGACGGAAACCCAACUCUCACCCUGGCACUGGUCUGGCAACUGAUGAGGAGAUACACUCUGAAUGUUCUGGAGGACCUUGGAGAUGGAGAGGCUGCUAACGAUGACCUCAUCAUCAACUGGGUCAACAGAACCCUGACUGGAGCCGGGAAGAACUCCAAGAUCUCCAGCUUCAAGGUGACAAGACAGAUGGAACGGAGUGGCUUUCUAAUCUCUAUUAUACUGUGUGAUCUGUGAUUCACAAGGAACCCUGGACACAGUGUUUCUCUAUAGCUUUA